CUUAAGAACGGUAGCAAAUAUGUAUAUUUAUAUAUUGACUACUUUAUUGUUUGUGCUGAGAAAUGUGUCAUUAGUGCGAACGAAUUGUUAUGGAGAUCUAACUAUAACAGUGUUAGAUGCAAACAAUGCUGCCGGACUUUAUUUCUACCUACCUGUUGGAAAACCUUUAGAGAUUUUGUGCUCUGGUCCAGGUCCACUCGAAAUAUCAUUAUAUGGUGAAAGUCUACCGAUAGAUACUAUCAACAGUACUACUGUUAGAUUUAAACAGGAGAAACCUGAAAAACAAGCAUCUGUUUACGUUUGUAGCAAUUCAGAUAUAAAAUGUGCAUUACGCUUGGUAAUAGACAAUCCUCCUGAGAUAAAAGAUUUCAAAUGUAUUUCGAAGAAUUUGGAAGUUUUGAAUUGUAGCUGGACAAAUAAUAAUGUACUAAUAUCAAAUGUAUCAUUAUGUUAUAAAGUGAAUAACCAUAAGACAAUUCCGUGCCGUGUGAAUAGAAAUAGAGAUAUGGAUUAUUGCACCUGGGACACUCAGAGUAGUCCACGUUACAGACAACAGGAGGAAAAUAUCUUAUUUUUGAUGGACGCUUGUAAUAAAUUCGGUUGUACUCAUAACAUGUACAACAUCGACCAUAUAAAAAUUCUAAAGCCAGACCCGCCUCUAAAUCUAAAAGUGUUAAACAAAACCACGAAUAACGCUGUUUUAGAAUGGACGAUAUCAAAUAACAUGAUUGACUUUUUACAAGACGGAUUGGAACACAAAAUAGAAUACUGGUUUUAUGGAGCCCAAUUUCGCCAAGUCGAUUCAACACUUCCAUUAAAACAAAGGAAAUAUCGCUUUGAGCUGUCACUACCGUGCGCUAACCAAUACUAUGAAGUAAGAAUUUCUAUAAGGCCCAUCCGGGCUUCGAAAACUGGAAUGUGGUCAGAACCUUCUUCGAUAUGUUUCUCAACUGAUGCUGAAAUAAAAGGUGAUAUAAUGAUAGAUCCUGCCUGUGAUACUGUAACAGAAACUCCGGAAGUUAUGAUCUACUUUGUAAGAAAAUUGAGACAAAGAGUUAACAAAGAAUUAUCUAAGUUUAAAGAAGAAAUUCGACAGUUGAAAUUAAGAGCUGUUAGUAUUUAUAAAUAACUGAUAAAGACCAAAAAAAUAUAAC